CGGAGGGGUAACAAGAUGGUAACUGAGAUGGUGGAGCUCCAUAAGCUGAAGCUUGCUAAACUAAAGCAAGAAUGUCUUGCUUGUGGUUUGGAGACCAAGGGAAUAAAGCAAGAUCUUAUCCACAGACUCCAGGCGUAUCUUGAAGAACAUGCUGAAGAGGAGGCAAAUGAAGAUGUACUAGGAGAUGAAACAGAAGAAGAAACAAACCCCUUGUCAAAUAGGAAGAACCCCCUGAAAAAAACUGUUGAUGUGGCAGCAGAGAAGAAAGUGGUGAAAAUUACAUCUGAAAUACCACAGGCUGAGAGAAUGCAGAAGAGGGCUGAACAAUUCAGUGUACCUGUGAGCUUGGAGAGUAAGAAAGCUGCUCAGGCAGCUAGGUUUGGGAUUUCUUCAGUUCCAACAAAAGUCUGUCAUCUGAACACACCUAUGGUUAACUUGGAUAAGCCGAAGGAAAGAGCUCAAAGAUUUGGUUUGAAUGUCUCUUCAAUCUCCAGAAAGUCUGAAGAUGAUGAGAAACUGAAAAAGAGGAAGGAGCGAUUUGGGAUUGUCACAAGUUCAGCUGGAACUGGAACCACAGAGGAUACAGAGGCAAAGAAGAGGAAAAGAGCAGAGCGCUUUGGCAUUGCCUGA